GUGGUGGGCCGCGUGUGGGGAAGAGCGCUGAGAGUUCAGUGUUCGGUAAGGGGGGUGGUGGAGAGUUAAUUGCCACAGUGGAGAGUGCAGUCAGGGAUGGUGGAGAGUUAAGUGCACUCUGGAUAGUGCAGUUUGGGAUGGUGGAGAGUGCAGUUAGGGAUGGUGGAGAGUUAAGUGCACUCUGGAUAGUGCAGUUAGGGAUGGUGGAGAGUUAAGUGCACUCUGGAUAGUGCAGCUAGGGAUGGUGGAGAGUGCAGUUAGGGAUGGUGGAGAGUGCAGUCAGGGAUGGUGGAGAGUUAAGUGCACUCUGGAUAGUGCAGCUAGGGAUGGUGGAGAAUGCAGUUAGGGAUGGUGGAGAGUUAAGUGCACGGUGGAGAGUGCAGUUAGGGAUGACGGAGAGUUAAUUGCCACGGUGGAGAGCGCACAGAGUGGGGGACUCCGUAGCGGAGGCGUCUUCCUCCUCGCUCCUCCCUCCGGGCCUCUCCCUCCUCCGACUCUCUGCGGGCGUGGAGAGACCGCGGGAGAAGAGCAGAAUUACUCUCCACGCUCGCAAAUUUCCCCUGGAUCCCGUACCCCCCCCCGUCCCCCGCCCUGGGACUCCGCGAGAUGCAGGGGAUACAGCGCAAAACGACGACGACGGUGAUGAUGAUGAUGGAGGAGGAGAAGGGGGAGAAGGAGGAGGGCACGGAGAAGCGAUUCGGCCCGGGGAGAGUUACUCCGGGCGGCCGCGGCUAGACGCGGAGUUCACUCUCCAUCUCGUUCUCUACGCGGAGUGCGGGUCACGGCGAGGUGGUGGGGGGGCUGCCCUGCCCUGCCCUGCCCUUCCCUGCCCCUUCAGGUGGUUCCCUGCCCCUUCUACCCCUUGCCCAGCUCACUCGGCCCUGCUCCCUGCUCCCGUCCAGGCGGGGGGGUCCUUGGGUGCGUGUCUGUGCCUCCAUCCCAUGACGUGCCCAGGGUGAGAAGCCCCCACGGUGGGAGCGCGGUCCCAACACUCCAGGAUCUAUCGGCAAUCCAGACUCCCAAGUCUCCCGGAUCGAAAAUCCAGGCUCCGGGAUUAAAACUCCCAACACCCAAGGAUCAAUAACUCCAGGUUCCAGGCACCGACGCUUGAGGUUACCAAAGGCCCAGCAACCAAGACUCCAGGCUCCACAAGCCAAUAAUCCUCCAUGCGGCGUGCUCCAGGCCCUAAGGCUCCUCCAAGCUUUGGAAUUGUGGCUCCAAGCUCCCCACACUCCAGACUCCUGUCCUAAUACUCCAAAAACCUGGAGCAUGGAUCCCCAGGAUUUCUCUACGCCCGGCUCGGCGCCUCCCCCGCCGCUGAGUGCGGGGGGCCGGGUAUCCUGCCAUCCGGGCCCCGCUGCUGGCCCUCCUUCUCAUCUUCUCUACCCCCCACACAAGUACCUGGCGGCCCUCCACCUGCAACAGAAGCCCCUGCCCAGCGCGCACCCCUCAGGGAGCCCUGGCCUAGGGGCGUCCACUGCGUUCCUGGGUAGCUUCUUGGGGGGUCCUCUGGGUGCUUCACUGGGAGGAGGCUCAAUGGGUGGCUCGGCCACACCACCCGCUAUGUCGGUCUCUGCUGAACGUGGAUUCCAGACGGCACCACAGGGCGGCAUGACGCGCGUGUGGGCACCACCACCACCACCACACGACGGCUUCUCCCAUUUGCCGAGCAGUGGGGGGCUCUACCCCCCAUACCUUGCUUUGGGACCACUGGACGGCACUGGGCCCACGGCGUCCCCCUGUCUGUCGCGGCCGCACGACCCCCACACAGACGGUGCGUUCGGCGGGGCUCUGCCGGUCCAGCCCGUUCUCCACCGUGAUGUCGUAGUGCCGACAACCUCCCGGGCGCCGCGAGAGGGGCGGGCGCUGGCACGGACCGGCGCCCGUGACUCUGAGCGGCCCUCGUCAGCCAGCGGUGCGCCGAGGGCAGUGCGGGGUGAUCGCCGGGGCAGGGCGGGCACCGCCCCGGCGGGGGAGCCCCCCAACCGCGAUGGGGCCCCUGCCUGGGAUGCCGGCACCAGAGUCGUCUGCUCGGUGCAACCGCCAGGCAGAGUUGGUGACGGCGGCGCCAGCGAUAUGACGAGAUCCGGCGAUGCCAAACCGGCGAGGGUGGCGCGGUCACACUCCAUGGGUGUCGGCGGAGACGGGUUCGCCCCGGACGAGAGGGACGACGCAGUGGGCGCCGGGGUGAGAUCGGCAAAGCCCAGGGAGCGCCAAUGUGCCGGCGCCAUUAGCUCCUAUGCAUCAUGCGGGCUGGGCCACCCAGGGCGACUGCACCACAACUUGGUAGUCCACGGCAGCGGUGGCGAGCACCGUCCGGUGGCGCCCACGUACAUGCUGUCGGCGGGCCACCAGGACGCCGAUGGCGGUGGUGCCGCUGCUCGGUACGACCUCGCCGCGUGGCAAACGCAGCGGCCCCCCAUGCUGCUGGCGCCGGAACCCAUGCCUGGCGAGACGCCGGCUAUCAGAGGCCUCCUGCAGUACAGCGACUCGUUCUCCUCGUCGGCGUCGGCUUCGUCGUCGUUGUCUUCGUCGCCGUCACCGUUUGUGCCGUCCAACGGUGCCACUGCCGCCUCCGGUCAGAGGAGUCCGUUCGGUGGGCUGGGCCGCGUGCCGCGAGGCCCCGACGGUACAGCGGGGCCGGACACUUCCAGUGCUUGCGGUGACGCGUGCCACCCCCCGAGUGACGCGGCCGCCCCUUCAGUCGGCGCUGGCGAGGUUAGACACCCGCCCGUUGGUAUCGCCGUGGCGGUUGCCAGGCAGAGGGGGGAUCAUCACCACCACAACAAUAACCACGAGCAGCACCACGAUGACAAUCGCCAUAACUACGACAACAACAGCCACAACCAGCAGCACCACACUGCUCUGAAGUCUCGGGCAGGCACGCCCUCUUGCACAGCCUCGUCUGGUGGUGCUGCUGUGUCAGCCGGCGGUGGUGGCGAUGGUGGUAGUGGAAGUAGCAGCGGGUUCCAGACAUCCGAUCGCAGGGUGCGGCACCCAACUCCUACUGGCGUACCCAAGGGCUGUGUCCACGCAGGCCCAGUGCCAGAAGCACUGGAGGAGGAGAGGGUGGCACGUGACCAUGCAACCGAGCGAGCGCGGGAGCGUGAGCAGCUGCUCAGGGAGAACAAGGAGUUGGCGGAGUUUGCGCGCAGCCUCAGGCCUACCUCGUUCGCCGACCUCGACCCCAACCUCGUGGUGACCACCGGAGGUGCUGCCCCUAUCAUGCACGCUGGCCAGUGGGGAGAGCUCAAUGCACCGCACGCUCACGUCGCCCCGCACCUUUGGCUGCCGAGGACCGACAGUCCCUCGCUUUGGCUCGGGGCACCGCCCUAUGGCCUGGGUGGCCUCUCUCUCCACCAGAGUAUGGCAGGAGCGUUCCCUCCCGGCCUGGCGGCGCCGCCUGCCACUCCAAACUACCAACUUGCGCGCGACCCAACCACAGGCCACCUCGUUGUGGUGCCCGCCGACUUCCCCUCUCACUACGCGGCAGAACUUCUGGAGCGAACGCCACCCCCGCUGUGGCCACCGCUGCUGGCAGGGGGGGCACCCGCCCCCCACCACCACCACCACCCCCUGUCGCUCACCUACCAGGCGAUGCUGCGCCAGCACGAGCUAUACGUGGCUCAUCAACAGGCCACGGCCGCGGCAGCCAGCGCCCACGCCCUGCAGCUGCAGCACACCCCGCACAUGCAGGACCACGGAAGGCCGCCCCCAGAGCCGCCUCCGCUGCUGCUUUCCGACGAAAACGAUCGCGCAACACCGGCGGUGCUGCCCAAGCAGAGCGCAGUCUCCCCGCCGCCCACGCUGCCCGGCCCGAGCCCCUUCCACGCCGGCUCCCUUGCGCUGCCGCCACCGCCGCCCUUCCGGUGUAAAUCCCCCCGACGCCCGGGGCCCCCCCCCUGCCCUCAAUCACGCAAAGCCCAGUUCCCCGGACGACGCCGGGCCUCCCCCGCGGCUGCGCCGGGAGGACGAUGGCCAGGAGGCGCCUGCGCCACUGGGACGGCCGGGCUCUCUGUCGCCGCCGGCGCUAUCGCCACGGCAACUACAGCCCGGCAACGCCAAGGGCGGACAGAGGGUGGCCAGGGAUCGGAGGUCGCCGGCGCGGACUUGGAAUAUCCGGCGCCCCCAUUCGGUUCCACCGUUCCUGGACAAGCGACUUUCGGGAAUGGCACAGCAGCAGCACGUCGCAAAGCUGCACGAUGCACAGCAUCACCAGCAGCUGGACGCAGUGCAUCAUCAGCAGCUGCACGAAUCGCAGCACCACCAUCAGCAUCGUCAACAGUAUUCGGAGCGGCAGCAGCUGGAAAAGCACGACCAGCGGCAGCAGCUGGAAGAGCGGCAGCAGCUGGAAGAGCGAGAACGGCAGCAGCUGGGGGAGCGGCAACAGCACCAGGAGCGGCAGCAGCUGGGGGAGCGGCAACAGCACCAGGAGCGGCAGCAGCUGGGGGAGCGGCAACAGCACCAGGAGCGGCAGCAGCUGGGGGAGCGGCAACAGCACCAGGAGCGGCAGCAGCUGGGGGAGCGGCAACAGCACCAGGAGCGUCAGCAGCUGGGGGAGCGGCAACAGCACCAGGAGCGGCAGGAGCUGGGGGAGCGGCAACAGCACCAGGAGCGGCAGCAGCUGGGGGAGCGGCAGCAGCAGCUGGGGGACAGCAGCUGGGGGAGCGGCAGCAGCUGGGGGAGCGGCAGCAGCUGGAAGGGCAGCAGCAGCACCAGGAGCGACAGCAGCUGGAAGGGCAGCAGGGGCAGCAGCACCAGGAGCGACAGCAACUGGAAGGGCAGCAGGGGCAGCAGCACCAAGAGCAGGACCGGCAGGGGCAGCUAAAAGAGCAGGACCUGCAUCGGCAGCUGCAAGUGCAUCGUGAGGAGUUGCAGGAGCAGCUGCGGCAGCGGCGGCUGGAAGCGCAGCAGCGACGGCUGGAACGGCAGCUACAUGAGCAGCUGCAAGAACGACAGCGGCAACGGCGGCUGCAAGAGCAUCAGUAUCAGCUGCACGAGCAGCAGAGGCUGCAGAUGGAGAAGCUUUUGCUGCAUGAGCAGCAAAAGCAGCACAUACGUCAACUGCAACAAAUGCAUCGGCAGCCGCAGGAUGAGGUGGCGGCGUUUGGUUCUGGGAGGGGAUUCCUGCUGCCCCAUGGCCUGCUGCCCCCCUCUUCGGCAUCGUCGGGACUUCCGUGGCCUCCCCCUCUGUGCCGACACGCAGACGGAAUCUCCGCAUUCUCCCCUCCGCCAACCUGGGCCUCGCGGAUCCUGCAGCCCGUCGCCACAGAGACUGUGGCGCCAGAGUCGUGCCGGAUGAAACGGAGGCCCCAGUCGGCAGAGCUGUCCUCCACCGUGCCAGAGUCAUUCGGCGCCGAGAACGGUAACAACGACGCGAAAACUCCCGUAUGGCAAGGUGAUGUCACGGCGGGACGGCACGAGACGAUGGAGCCAGACUCCACGGACGCCCCCGUUCCCACCGGACGCAACACCGAUCUCAUUGUCUCCUCGACGUCAUCGGUAGCGGUGGCCGGCAUCCUUGAACCGACACAGCGUCGUCGUCGGCAUCGUCACCGUCACCAUCACGAUCUCCAGGAUCUCCAUCGGCGUUACGAGGAGGAGGAGCAGCAGCAGGUGAGGCUGCUUGACGACGGAACACCGGGCUGUGCUGGGGCUUCCCAGCCCGACCCAGGGCUCCCCGACAGCACUCCCGCUACACCGGCUGUGGAGGAUGGGCACGGCCCACCGCCGCUGCCCACCACCGUGGCUCUGCAAAACCAGGGCAACGACGCAGAUGCUUGUGCCCCGCCGGGGUGCCGCCCCGCCUGCACGUCGCCGCCGGGGUGCCGCCCCGCCAGCGCGUCGCCGCCGGAGUGCCGCUCUGCCAGCGCCUCGCAUCCGGAGUGCCACCCCGCCUGCACGUCGCCGCCGGGGUGCCGCUCUGCCAGCCCGUCGCCGCCGGAGGGCCGCCCCGCCAGCCCGUCGCCGCCGGAGUGCCGCCCCGCUUGCACGUCGCCGCCGGAGUGCCGCCCCACCAGCGCGGGGCUGUGGGUGCUAGCGGAGGCGACGGCUGUCGCCGUGCCCCUGCCUGUGCCGGUUGCUCCCCUCAACCACAACGGAGCCGACGGCCAAUUGCCACCGGAGACGAAAGCGCUGUCCACGCCAUGUGUGGACGAGCAGUGGACGCGCAAGGGAGGGCUGGCACUGCUGGGGGAGAUUGCUGGGGUGGAGCUGGGGGCGUUGGCAGAGGGCGGCUUCAUGGGGCGGAGCGGGGGACUGGGUGACCUCUUGACCCUGUGCCGUGUGGCCGCGCUGCUGGCCUGUGCCGAUGGCAUCGCCACAGGAGACGGAGGCCCUGGGCCUCGGAGGCCCCAGCACCGCCUGGACCCCACGAAGCGCUGCAGCUGGCGGCGGCGACGCGGCGCGCCGGCCUGCGGACGCCGCCGUGCGUUGCUGGAAGUCGAGGGGCCCCUGGAAGUGCAAAUCCGGCGCCGCCUUGCCACGCUGCAGCGCCGCUACCGCCACCAGCAGCGCCAGCUCGCGCGCCUCGCUCCUGCACCCAGCCAGCCCACCAGCGAGUGCCACCUGCGGGAACCGGCCGCCACUCCCCUUUCCCCGCUGGUGCCAAACCCACCGAGGGACGUGGCCAGGGCGGUCGCCAGGGGAGGUGCAGAGAAGCCUCCUCACCGCCUGGUGGUGGAGGGGAGGAGGCUGGAGGCGGUGGUGGCUUUGGGAAGGAAGGUGGUGAGGGUGGAGCGCAGCAGAGGGGAGAGAGGGGUGGACAUGGCGGAGGAGCUGGACGAGGAGAGGGAGGAUGAGGAGGACUAUGAAAAUGAGGAAGAGCGGGGCGAGGACGGCCUGGGCCCGGUGAAACGCGGCCGGGGGCGGCCCAGGAAGAGGAAGCAGUCGUCCCCAUCGCCCCCUCCUCUGAUUGGUCAACCGCUCAUCGGCCUAGGGGAGGAGCGCAUGCGAGAGCUCUUGGCCAAGAAGAAGAAAAGGAGGAGUGGCGACUGUGCACCCCCCAGCAGGAGGAGCCAAGUUCGCCUCCUGCCCAGGGUCGCCCUGCCACCCACGUCCCCAAACCACACGGCCGCGCCCUGCACACGUGCACCCCUUGUCCCCGCGCGUCACCGUCACUCCGACCGCUCGCCGGCGCCGUCUGGCCGCUCCCACGCCACGCCACCGGCACUCCCAGCGGCAGCGCCGCCGCUCGGCGUCACGCUCUCCUGCAAGCGCCCCACGCUCGGCAAACCGCCGCGUCCUGCCGCGGGCCACGAGCGCGCUGGCGCCAAGCUCUCGAGGUCCGGCGUGCGACACCGCGGGGCUCCGAGCCCGGAGGUGGCGCGUGUGGGCAACCAGGAUGGCGCACGGGCACAGGCGGCGGUGUCACGAGCUAUUGCUUUGCACCGGUCCGACAGCAGCAGCUUCUCCUGCUGCCUCUCCGACUCGGACCCGGACAUUGACGAGCGCCGCACCGCACCUGCCUGGCCUCCACACCCCGGGGCCGCCUUCAAGACGCCCACACUGCGGCAGAGGCUUCCUCAGAGGCCCUCUCAGCGGCGGCCCCAGGGGAUGACACCGGCGGUGCCACCCGGUAGCUCCGGGACCCCUCAAACCCUUGGGCCACGGGGUCCCGCACGCGAACACGGCCUCUCGUCAGGGCCGCAGUGUUCGGACAGCGAGGGGCCCGUGGACUACUGCCGCUCGGCAGCAGCAGGCUGGACCUUCAUUGAGGAUGAGGACCACGUGAAUGACGGCGAUGACGACGACGAUGACGACGAUGAGAAUGUUGGGGGGGGCAGCAGCAGCAGGCUGGUGCCAGGCAGGCGGGGGGCGCCGUUCCGGCUGGCAGCACCGCCAGGGUUGACUCUGCGCUCUCCGUUCUCGGGGGGCGCUGGGUCCCGCCCCCGCCCCCCGAGAUCUGCCCCCCGAGCGCCGGGCCCACACGUUCCGGCAGCCCGGCAUGCAGCGCCCGCCAAACUCAAGAGGAGGACCAUGGUGCUGCUUGGCUUCGAUCUCGCCACAGACUUCCGGAUGAAGCGGCGGUCUCCUGCUGCGACAAACAGGGCCUACGUGGGGGUGGGGGGCCCUCCGCGCGGCCGGGGAGGGGGCGCCGUCACGGGGACCGCCGCCGUGCCGGGCGGCCUCGGCACGGCGAGACCCGUCGGGGGAGUGCCGAGCCGCGCCGUGCCCUGGAAGGCCGCUCCGGCCCGAGCCAAGCUCCCGGGCCGCCCCCAUCUCAACGGCGCCGGCAGGGUCUGCGCGCGGGGUACCGCGGCCGUGAAGAACGUGGGUCGCGAUGGCGACAAGGAUCAGGAGGAGGAUGAGGACGACGAUGACGGGUCCGUAUUUGUGAGCCCGCCGAGAAGUUCUGCCGGGAGGCCCGGACGUCCCCCGCUGGGUCGCUCGCAGUCGCUGCCGCUGGGCACGGGAGCCGGCACUGGACCCGGCACUGGUGGGGCCGGUGUGAGGAAGGGGCGGCCGUGCAAAGGUGGCGGUGGUGGCGGCGGUCACGGCGGGAGCUGCAGUCAGCCGGAGAGGGACGGCAACAAGAAAAAUAAGGCGAAAGUGGCGGACGCCUACGGGGUGUUGGUGAAGGGCCCGAUUGCCGUGACGUCGGUGGGCAGUCCAGGCCGCAGUCGAAGUCGGAGCCUACAGGGCCCGAUAGGACGAGCUCGCCCGCGGCCUGUGAGCCGCCUGCUCAGCAGCUUCCAGGCGGACGUGGAUUUCUCCCAGAACAGCUCGUUCUCCGAGGGGGAGGGGGGCCGGGUCCCCGACCCCAGCCCCACGCCAGCGCCGCGCUCGUGCGUGCUGGACAAGGACGAGCUGUCGGAGGGCCUGCGCGUCCUCAUCCCCAAGCCCGACAAGCUGCUGUACGCGGGGCACGUGCAGAUCCUGCACCCGCCUGACGUGUACGGUGUGGUGAUUGAGGGGGAGCGUGGGAACCGCCCGAGGAUCUACUCGCUAGAGCAGCUCCUGCAGGAGGCGAUCGUGGACGUGAAGCCCCCCUCCUCACGCUGUCUCCCACCCGACACGCGCGUCUGUGCCUACUGGAGCCAGCAGCACCGGUGCCUCUACCCGGGCACCGUCACCAGGGAUGGCUCGAGCAGCGACGAGGAGGACGACGAUGAGGAGGAGGAACGCGCCUUCGUGACGGUUGAGUUUGACGAUGGCGACACGGGGAAGAUUCCGAUCUCGCACAUCCGCCUCCUUCCGCCCGACUACACCAUCCAGUGUGCCGAGGCCUCGCCAGCACUACUCGUCCCAACCGCUGUCGUACGCCGCCCACGCAAGCCGUCCGGUGACACAAGGGAAGGGGGCGGUCCGGCAAUCUGCCAGCCGGCCAAUCAGCACGGCCCCCAGCGCAGGGGCAAAGGUCGCGCCAGUGUGGAGCCUUCCUCCCCACCCACCACAGCCCCCACCCCAACCCCUGCCCCCAUUCUGGUCCCCACAGUAGGGCCCCCCGGGGAGCCGCCACCCAGCAAGGUGAAAGGUCGUGGACGGCCUCCUGGAAAGGUUCCAGCUGAGGGCGGAGUGGCUGGGAGUGGCGAUGCGAGGCCCACCGACUCGCCGCCUGACGACGCGCCGACUGGCUCAGAGCCUCGGGAGAAGCGGCCGCCCCCCGCAGGGGCCCAUGGGGCCCGCGGUGCUGUCCCCCGGCCCCGCGCGGACUCCGACCGUCGGCGGGGCCCACCGCUCCGACCCGCCAGCCCUCCCGGCCGGGCCCCCCUCUCGCCCACGUCCUUGUUCGGGGCUUCGCUCUCCGUGGACACCUUCGAGAGUCUCAACGCCGGCGCCUUCUCGGUGUACCUUGGCGGCGGCGGAAUUCGCGGCGGCCGCGGCGGGAGCGGUCGUGCCGAAGGCGGCGGUGCCGGCUCCGCCGUUGGGCGUCCCGGUGCUUGCCGACGUGGCCGGCGGGGCACAGACGAGGAGCCGCUGGUGAAGUUGGACCACGAGGGCGUCACGUCGCCCAAGAGCAAGAAGACCAAGGCCAUGAUGAUGAUGAUGAGGACGGCAGUGGCGGUCGGCAGCGAUGGAGGUGCGCAGCGGUUUGCCGGCGGCGUGCGGCUAGCAGCGCCGUCCACCUCGUCCGGCAAUAGCGGAGGACUCCCACGCCCACGCCUUGGCCCGAUCAGGAAAGCCUCGCCUGCGCAAAAGCCACAGCCGAUGGUCACUGUUCCCACCGCCACUGCCGGCAGGGAUAAUGUUGUUGCCGCCUCCGUCCCCGCUGCUGCCGCCGCCACCACCGCCAGGGCUCCGAGGCCUGGUGAUGCCGGCAGUGGCGCUGGCGGCGCUGGCGGCAGUGGCGCUGCUGGCGGCGCUGGCGGCAGUGGCGCUGCUGGCGGCGCUGGCGGCAGUGGCGCUGCUGGCGGCAGUGGUGUUUGCCAAAAGAGUGGUCGGAAGGCGGAGGACUGGAAGGAGAUCUCGAGGACGGAGGAAAGCGAGCUGAGCAGCAGCAGCUCCGAGUCUGAUUCGGGCGCAAGCCAGGCCGCCACGACGUCCGCUCGCAAACACAAGCCCGGAGCCAAGCGCUGCUCGCACUCCUCCUCCUCCAGCUCCUCCUCGUCGUCGUCAACAUCCUCGUCGUCGUCGUCCUCAUCGACCUCGUCCGCCGGCGACUCGUCUCGCUCCACUGCCACCUCGUCGUCAUCCGAGGAGGACUCUUCCUACAGCGAGGAGGUGGAGGAAGCGGAGGAGGUUGAGGAAAUGGAGGAGGUGAAAGAAGGUGGCAAUGUCCAGCCCAGCCCUCCCUCUCUUCCCCAGGUGGCACAGGCAGCCGAGGUUCAAGCAUCGGCACCAGUACGGGCCCAAGCACUGGCCAAGGUUUCGGCUGGUGGUGGUGGCAAAGGCGUAGGCGGUGGUGCGGGUAGUGGUGGCGCUGGCAGUGGUGGUGGUGGCGGGGGCUCCAGUGGUGGCAAUGGUGGGGGUGCCGAUGGUGGUGGCAGUGUAGCCGGUAGUGGUGGUGGUGGCGACGGUGGCACCGGCAGCAGUGGCUCUGGCAGCGGUGCUGGUGGCGCCGGCAGUCCUGGUGGCGGUGGCAGUGGUGGCUCUGGAGGGGGCGGUGGUGGUGGCAGUAGUGGCACUGGUGAUGGUGGUGGCGGCUCCGGUGAUCGGGGGGGCGGCCGGGCCCGGGGCCGUCGGCGCGAGGGCGUGCACCUCCCUACCACCAAGGAGCUGGUGAAGCGCCAGCGGCUGCCAUCCGUGGAGAACCGGCCAAAGAUCUCGGCCUUCCUGCCCGCACGCCAACUGUGGAAGUGGUCCGGGAAGCCGACCCAGCGGCGUGGGCUCAAGGGCAAGGCACGCAAGCUGUUCUACAAGGCGGUGGUGCGUGGCAAGGAGACGAUCCGCGUGGGCGACAGCGCAGUCUUCCUGUCGGCCGGGAGGCCCAACCUGCCCUACAUAGGUCGCAUCCAGAGCCUGUGGGAGUCGUGGGGCAGCCACAUGGUGGUCCGUGUCAAGUGGUUCUACCACCCAGAGGAGACCAAGUUGGGCACACGCCACCGCGACGGCAAGCAAGCCUUGUACCAGUCGUCACACCUGGACGAGAACGACGUUCAGACCAUCUCGCACCGCUGCCUCGUGGUGGCGCACGAGCAGUACGCCCAGAUGGUUCUCACCAAGCGCUACCAGAACAGCGAGGACCUCUACUACCUGGCCGGCUCCUACGACCCCACCACCGGCAUGGUGCUCAACCCCGACGGCGUGCCCGUCAUCUGCUGACACGCCCAGCGGCGGCGACGGCGGCGUAGACCACGAGCGGCGGCGAUGGCAACGACGCCAUCGGUGGCUGCGGCGGUGAUGGCAACGACGCCAUCGGUGGCUGCGCAGUGGAUUUGUAGUCGGGCACGCCCAGCGGCCCCUUCCCCGUGAUGCCCGCUCUCGCUGUCCCUUCGUGGCUCCACUGCCACUUGCGGUGUUGAUCGGCGCGGUCCAGAAACCGCAAAUGCAGCGUGGGACUGCGACUGCGAAACGUGGUGCCGGCGAUACCGUACGCGCGUGUGGAAGCCCGGCAGGGCGAUACGGAGUGUGCGUGGGGGGGCGGUGCCCACCCACCCACGGGUGACGAUAGCUACGUUGUUGCCAACAGGGCCCUUUCAGGGGGCCCCAGUGAGCCUUCCCCCUCCCCCCCCCCCGCUGGUCACGUCUCUGCGAGGUUGGAGCCGCGUGCGGGUGUGAAACGACGCUUGCUCGUUGCACCGCGUACGUCUCGCCUGGGGGGGCCUUUGGUGGUGGAAGGGGGGCAGCAGGAAGGGUCCAGAGACUCCCCCCUCCCUUUCCACAGGCUCGGGGUCCCCACACCCCCUCUCUAACCGAAAUAAUUCUGAGAGCGGCAGUGGGUGGGGUAAGAGGGUCGUGGUCACCGUUGAUGGUGAUGAGCCGAGCCGGCUGCUGUGUGACUUGAAGAAGUGAGCGAGUGUUGGAAUGUGGUUAGCGAGGGGGGGCACCGAGUGUGCGAGUGGUUGGGUUGCUGGUUAGGUAGGUGGGCGGUUGAAUUAAUGUGAUCGGGUGAGUGAUUGCGUGGGUGUGCCUGUGCGAACGACGAGAGAGAGAGAACGUGGUUGGGUGAGUAGCUGGGUGUGAGUGAGCGAGAUGUCUAGGAGGGAGUAGGAACUUUUCAAUAGCUUUAGUGGACCAGACAAGCGAAUGAGAUACUUGUACCAGCAAAUAUUAUCGUAUUUGAUUUUGUUUUUAAAUUUCUCGCAGUCAGGGUGGAACACAUGAGCAAGCAGGCAUGUGUGUGGCCUUGUAUAUACACGUAUAUAGAGCACUUAAACCACACACACACACACGUGUAAUUGCACGCCCUCCUUCAAGGAUGCCUCGAACCUUGUCUCGCGUCAGCAGAGGUGGUGGCACCUUCAUUGACGUGGAAGUUGGAGCAGGAAGGUCCUGUGUGGAGUUUGGGUAACGUUUGCUCGGACUGUACUUUAAAUAGAGCCAUCAUUGCUGGCAUUUAUCCUGAAUGGUUUCUGCAAGAUGGUGGUGGUGGUGAAGGACUGUGAUGGUGAUGGAGAUCACGGGGAUGGGAUGAUGAUGGAGCACAGAUUGACGAUGUGACUCGUCAUCAUAAAGCCCCCACGCAUCUCUACAGGGGUUGAGCUGCUGAACGUGAUGACGAUGGUAGUCCACAAUUAGCAACGUAACCACCUUUUUUUAAUUUUACCUUUUUACAAUAUAAACAAUAUUAUCAUGGUGUUACUGUAAUAGGUAGCAGUAAACGGUCUGCGAAGGUAUUUACGCAAAUAAUGUUAAGUCCGUGUCAUAAUUCCAGUAUAACGAUCGCUAUGAUAAUUGCGCGAAUGUAUUCACACUAGCGGAUAGGACGACGCAAGUGUUAAGCUAACAGUACACGUGUACUGUCUGUGUACUGCAUUUUUAUAUAUAUAAUCUCAUAGAUGUAUAUACGUCCAAGUACUCAAGUUUAUUUUGUUUUAACCAGGUGAGAACUCGAGAGACCGGGGGUAGGAGUCUCCAUUGGCGCAAGAGUGAGCUGGAGGUGGCAUUAGUCCACUGCGUGUGGCAUCCCACUUGAUGAAAUUUGCGGUGUCACUUUUUCGAUUUUGGAAAAAAAAAUUUUAUUGCGACGCCGGUGGCACACAAUGGGGGGGGGGGGGCCGUUCUCGCGAACGACGUCCACGGGAUUUCUCGAGCGAAGCAGCCGGCGUGAGGUGGUGUUACGGUUAACGCGUGCGCGCCGCAGCAGUAAUUGGGGCGGCCGCUGGGUCGCCACCGCUGGGUUACCGCUGGAGGCCCCCCCAACCCCCGUUCCGUGAGGCCCACGUUUCCAGGGAAGCAACAGCUGUAAUGGUUUAGUUUGCCCCUCGUUGUUUAGCGCAGGGCAGUCUCGCGACACUUUAUCAAGUGGGCCCUUGCCCUAGAACGUUUGGCCAACUCCCCCCCCCCCCCCCCCCCUUGAGAGUGAGUGCCGCUGGUGGCGAGUUUUUCGUAUCGGAGAAAAAGGCCUCAAGACCCCAGAGAAACCCCUCUGUGUGCGAGGGGAUAGUUCCUAAAAAGGCAGGGCAGUCCUGCUGUGCACGUGCUGUAGGGGUGUGCACCGCCUACUUUGCUGUCCUCAUUCCCACCCAUCCGCGGCCGCACUCGGGGUCAGGUUCACGGCCUUGGAUUCCUCCGCGGCCACGGAACACGAGGGGUAGCAGAAGAGAACAAAUGGGAGCAAUGUAAAUUGGGAGUGUUUUGGGGGAGCAUGUGGAAGCAGUGCGAACAUGGGAGAAGUAAUCUCCCACCCCGGGGGAGCGGAGAGGUACCAAGUGAUGAGAUUGUUUAUGUGACGAUGUUGAUGAUGAUGAUGAUUACGAUGUUGAUAUUAUUGUUUUUUUUCCUCGUGCCCUGAGACCAAAAGAAUGUAAAAUGAGGAUGUGAGUUGGGGGGGGGAAGAUGGGGAGGGUGGGUUCUGCAAGGUGUUUCCGGUGCGACUCAUUCACGAAUGAAUUAAUGCUGCACAAUCUGUCAUCGUCGCCUCCCUCACCACUCGCCCGUCUCGGAGCCGUGAGGUACCUGUGCCAGGCUAGGUGUCCUUUCGCUCACCUGCUCGACUGCAGGGUUCCUCCAACUCCCACUCCUUGCGUGCCCCAUCACGGUCCGGUUUCCACGUUCACCGAACUAGACUCUUCUCGAUUACAAACCCAAGACGAGGCAUGCGAUAUUGCGCCUGAUGAUUGCUGAACACUUUCCACGUUGGUGCUCGUUCUAAUUGAUAUUAAGUAGACGACAACUCCUAACCGAUAUCUGCCCUUGCACAUAAAAAACCACAUCGGCUUAACGGGCCUGCUGGGAGUGCAUAAUUUCAUCAGCAUUGGUUACACAAGCUAACCUGGAACAGUCUUGAUAUUCGGUGUCUCAUCAGCAGAGUCUUAUCAGGCAGGCUUGCCGAAACCAAUGCUGGUUAACAGGCAGACGUUCUAUAGGCGAGCACCUCCCUCGGACAGGGGUCCUAGUUGCCCGCAAAACCACGCACGGUGCAGCACAGCUCUCCACAACACGAAGUGAUCGCUAGCGGGGUCCGUCGUUUAGCAAUCGUAUCGGGCACGUGACGUCUCGGGUUGAGAUCGGUGUGACCGUGACGGGGGGGGGGGGGGGUGGGGACGCGCGAUCCCUCGUCGGCGUUCCCCAUGGGGGCCGGGACGGCGGGCGGCCUCGCGGUGCCGCGGUGGCCUCGCGUGGACGCCGCUUUGCUCUGGGUAGCGCCAGCGACGCCGCGGCUUACGCCACACGAUGCCUGCGACUCGAGCACUUAACCCCCCCCUCCUCUCCCCACCCACCACCACCACCCCCCCGGGGGAGAGUUUGUAUUUUUGUAGGCGAACCAUGGCGGUGGCGGCAUCAAUAAACCCGAGAGAGCGACGCGUGUGGAGCCUCGAGUGAGUGUGUGCGAUGCGCGUCCAGCUGCCCACGACGACCACGGCAACCACCAUCCGGCUACGCUCCAUUGAACACGAUCCGACACCAUCAGUCUACACCCCCCUCCGCGCCCCCAAUGUCGGUCGAUUGGUAAUUUCCUCCGCGUCCGCGACGCUGCUGCAGCUGCUGCUGCCCUCUCGACUGACUGCGAUCUCUCCAAUUCUUCCUACGCCCCCCCCCCCCCCCACAAUGCAACCUCUCGGGUAGAAUCUUAAAAUUCGGUAGAAAUUCUUCCCAGUGCACCACGCCCGCUCCUACGAGCCAUUAGUCUGCAUCUCGUCCGUUGUGGUCGGUCACUGCUUCUCCAGACUCCUCCUUGCGUGCAGUGAAGAUGCGGUUGUGUCUCGCUCAUCAAUUUAAUUGGAGCAAAAUUAUAUUUCGAGGAUUCUUGGCUCUUCUGAUGGCCAAUGACGAGUGCACGUUUUUAACUCUUCCCAUAAUCGGCCGAGAGACUUUGCCGGUCGAUUGCAAUCUUUUCUUCAAUCCUGAUGGUAUCUCAAGCUUCCCACGGGGACCUCAAAAAUCUAAUCGUCUGCCACAAGCCACUUUGCCGUGCACCCUAAUUGGUUGCCUUCUAGGAAAAAAACAUACAUAGACGUAAUAUUGAUAUAAUGCACGUGUAAUAAGCUGUCUGUCUGGGCAGUGAUGUGGUCCAGAGGCAGUGCGUUCACCGCUUGCUGUCGAGGUCCACUUACGAUCUGGUCGGCUGUCCUGAUUAAUACCGUGGGUGUAUUAACCGUAAAAUACGCGCCUCAUGCUUCAGAGCGGAUGUCAAGGAUCCCCUCGCGUCACUGAGAGGAAUACAGCGUUGCUUGCUAGCAUCAUCCAAAUUUGGCAAAUUACAAAAAUUACCUACAACGCACCGCAAACUGCUGGUAGGGCACCUCACCCCGCUCCUUUGAAGCGGCCAUCCUAAGGGAACAGGCGGCCUUCAGCUCAAAGCGCAGCACCUGUGACCAGGUCCUUGCGCCGAUGACAAACAUUGAUGCGGGAUUCGAAAACAGGGGGCUGCAUUUGUUGACUUCUCGGCGGCAUGUGGCACCGUGUGGCGAGACGGCCUCAUGCUGGCCAGGGUUGUCCAAUGCUCCUCUCUCUCGCACCUGCUGGGAAAAACCAUCGUGACCAAUGUCUGGCAAAAAAAAAACACAUUUACCAAGCUGCAGCGUGUACAAAAUUCUUUGUCACGGGGACUGCAAGAUCCGACCAUGUCCGUCCAGCGCUCGUCGAGCUGCAUUGGAUUCCGGUUGUCGAACGAAUACAUUUAUAAGGUCGCACAUUUGUGGCAAGAACCACGAUACAUUGCUGAUCUCGUCAAGUAGCAUAAGCCAUCAUAUAAACUCCGGUCAUCCUCGUGGUGCCUUUUGGCUAACCAUCGAACAAAGACGGUCACUGCAUUGCACGCUUUCAGACACUUCUGCGGCCGUCUGGAACAUUCUGAUAGGAGGAAGCCACUGGAGCAAUGUACUUUUAAAUGUAAACUUUAAACUAAUUUCUGUAGAACUUUAGAUUUAAAGCUUUCG